AUGGCUUCUGUCCGCAUCUGCGUCUGCGGCGACGAGGGCACCGGAAAGUCCAGCCUCAUCGCUUCGCUCGUCAAGGACGUAUUCAUUUCCAACAAGAUCCAGUCCGUUCUCCCCUCCAUCACCAUCCCUCCCCAGCUCGGCACUCCCGAAAACGUCACCACCACCAUCGUCGACACCUCAGCCCGACCCCAGGACCGAACAACAUUGCGGAAGGAGAUUCGAAAAUGCAACGUCAUCCUCCUCGUCUACUCAGAUCACUACAGUUAUGAGCGCGUUGCCCUCUUCUGGAUGCCCUACUUCCGCUCUCUCGGCGUCAACGUGCCAGUCGUCCUCUGCGCGAACAAGUCAGAUCUGACCGGCGAUGGAAACACGCCUCAGGUCGUCGAGGGCGAAAUGCUUCCGGUUAUGGCCGAGUUUCGCGAGAUCGAUUCAUGCAUCCGGUCUAGUGCGAGGGAGCACCGGAACGUAAACGAAGUUUUCUUCCUGUGUCAAAAGGCCGUCACCCACCCCAUCGCCCCGCUAUUCGACUACAAGGAGGGUAACUUGAAGCCGGCCUGUGUUGACGCGCUAAAGCGGAUAUUCUACCUGUGUGAUAAGGACCAAGAUGGAUACCUUAAUGAUCAGGAGAUGCAUGACUUCCAGUCGCGCUGCUUCGACAAAACCCUGACAGCCGAAGACUUAGAAAACAUCAAGCUCUCUAUCAGCAAGUCAUUAUCACACUGGUCGGCGGAGAACGGCAUUGACCAGAGAGGGUUCCUGCAAUUGAACAAAAUCUAUGCCGAGAAGGGCAGACACGAGACGAUAUGGAUCAUUCUACGGAAGUUCCGCUACACCGACAGCUUGAGCUUGGAGGACAGCUUCCUACACCCCAAGUUUGACGUACCCGAGUACUCUUCGGCAGAACUGAGUCCUGCUGGCUACCGCUUCUUUGUGGAUUUGUUCUUGCUGUUCGAUAAGGAUAACGAUGGUGGUCUGAAUGACCAAGAGCUGGAGGCACUGUUUGCGCCUACGCCCGGGCUUCCCGUUUCGUGGAUUGAAACGUCGUUCCCGUCAUCCACUGUACGUAACGAAGCCGGGCACGUCACUCUGCAGGGGUGGCUAGCUCAGUGGAGCAUGACAACCUUCAUGGAACCGAAGACAACGUUGGAAUACCUGGCGUACCUUGGCUUUGAGCCAGCAACCGCGCGGGAGACUACCACUGCUGCUCUCAAGGUCACCAAGUCGCGCAAGCGGAGAAGGCGCCCAGGCAAGGUCGAACGCAACGUUGUGCUAUGCUAUGUCCUCGGGGCCUCUGGAGCCGGCAAGUCGUCGCUAUUGGACGCGUUCUUGAGUCGCCCUUUCGACAGUCUAUAUCGGCCGACAAUCAAGCCACGGCGUGCCGUCAAUAGCGUUGAGCUUCCUGGAGGAAAGCAGUGCUACAUGAUUCUCGAGGAGCUUGGCGAGCUGGAGCCUGCUAUCCUGGAGAACCAGGCUAAGCUUGAUGCCUGCGAUCUCAUAUGUUACGCGUACGACUCUUCAGAUCCCGACUCUUUCACCCACAUCGUCGAGCUGCGCAAGCGCUAUCCGCAGCUGGAUGAUCUCCCCAAUAUUUACACCGCGUUGAAGGCGGAUAAGGACAAGACGAUGCAGCGCAGCCAAAUGCAGCCAGACAUGUAUACGUCGAGUCUGAUGAUGAGCACGCCACUACACGUUACUGUUAAGUGGAACAACAUCAGCGAGUUGUUCAUUGCCUUGGCUGACGCCGCAACGAACCCUAGCACCGCCUUCCCCCGAAGUGAAGAACCGCCCCCGGACAGGACAAGUCUGUAUCUCGCCCUGGGCGCAACGGCUUGCGCCGGCAUUGCCGCCUUCAUGAUUUGGCGGCGCUCAACUACAUCGGCCUAG